AUGUGGGAAGGCAGAGCCAUUGAUGAUGAGGACGAUGAACUUCAAGAAGCUAGGCAGAAGGUCAUAGAAGCCAACAGGAAAAUAAGACAGAGGGAUAAGGAAGAGGCAGAUGCAAUUGCAGCUGCUGAAACCAAUAAUGGUGAACCGGGUGUAAAUGAACUUGCAGCUGUAGAUGAUGCCGCCACUGAAAAUGCAAAUCCAGAUGUUGAGUUGGUAAGUGAUGAAAGUAGUUUAGAUGGAAAGAGCAACUCCUCACAUUACAUACCAAGUGAUCACCCGGGCAGCUACAAUGACAGAAGUAGUAACUCAGGAUCUGAAGAUGAGUUUGAGGUCCGUCCUACUAGUCGUCAAAGGUUUGAUGGUAGCAGUGAAAUUCCUCAAUUCACUCUUGGUAUGACAUUUGCUAGCCCUGCUGAGUUUAAGGCUGCUGUAUGUACAUAUGCAAUUUUGAAUGGAAAACAACUAAGGUGUGUAAAAAAUGACAAGCUUAGGGUUAGGUACAUUUGUGUUGGAGAUUGUAAAUUUGUCAUAUAUGCAUCGAAUGAGAGGAAUGAUGGUAGCUUUGUGGUGAAAACUUAUUAUCCACACCAUGAAUGUGGUAGGGGGGAUAAUAGAAACAAGUUAGCUAGGUCUUCCUUCAUUGCACAACAUUUUAGGACUAGAAUAUUGACUGAUCCUGGGAUUAAAAUUAGGACCCUUAAAACACUAUGCAAAACUCUGCUAAAAGUUGAAGUGAAUACUAGUGUUUGUAGGAAUGCUAAGGCUGCUGUAUUGAAGGAAGUAAUGGGUUGUUAUGUUGAAGAGUUUCGUAAUCUUUGGGGUUAUGUUAGGGAAUUAAGGAAGUCAAAUCCAGGCAGUACUAUCAUUUUGAAAACUUGUACAAAUAAUCCCGAGAAGAAGAACUACUUUGAUAGGUUGUAUAUUUGCUUUGAUGCACUUAAAAGAGGUUGGUUAGUGGGGUGUAGGAAGAUAAUAGGUGUUGAUGGAUGUUUUUUGAAGGGGGUUUGUAAAGGUAUUUUAUUAGUGGCGGUUGGAAGGGAUGGGAACAACCAAAUGUUUUCGAUUGCAUGGGCUGUUGUUGCUGCUGAGACCAGUGUGAUAUGGACAUGGUUCAUUAGGGUCUUACAGCACGAUUUGCAUCUUGGUAAUGGGGCAGAUUUGGCGAUUGUCUCUGACAUGCAAAAGGGAUUGACGAGGGCUAUAGCUAAUGUUCUCUCACAGGCAGAACAUAGGCACUGUGCAAGGCAUAUAUACCAUGCCUUUAAUAAAAAAUGGAAGGGACAAGAACGAAAGCUUGGUUUUUGGUUGUGUUCUAGGGCCCAUUUCAAGGAAGAUUUAAAAGAUAAACUUAAGGAUUUGAGUCAGUUGGGGAAGGGCAUAGUCGAAGAUGUGCUCACAUGGCCAGUUGAGAGAUGGUGCAGGGCAUAUCAAAGAACUGAUAUUAAGUGUGAUGUCGUCGACAACAAUAUGGCAGAGGCAUUCAAUGGUUGGAUAUUGGAUAGCAGGUAA